CAACCCCACCGACUAGUUCUCUUGAUAGACGAUCAUUCUCCAACUCUAAUACCCUUACUUCCAAGAAUGAGUCCCUAAAACCAUCCAUACCUGCUCGAACCUUCUCCAAUGGCAUGGUAGCUUCUUCCAAUGCCAGGAUGAACCCGGUCGAGACUCCCUCCCACCGAGCUUUCAUAGCCCUGGGAAGCAACAUGGGAGAUCGAGUGGAAAUGAUCGAGGCGGCCUGUCGAGAAAUGGACCGAGCUGGAAUCCGGGUAAAAAGGACCAGUUCGCUAUUCGAGACAGCCCCGAUGUAUGUUCUCGACCAGGAUGCAUUUAUGAAUGGUGUUUGCGAAGUCGAGACUAGCCUAGAGCCCCUUGAGCUACUAGAUGCCAUUCAGUCGAUCGAAAUCGACCUUGGGAGGAAGAAGAUCAUCGACAAGGGUCCCCGAUCCAUCGACCUAGAUAUUCUGCUCUACGAUCAGCAGGUCUUCUCCCAUGAGCGCCUUAACAUCCCGCACAAUUUGAUGCUGGAACGUGACUUUGUCCUACGGCCUCUGAGCCAACUCAUCCCUCAUGAAAUCCCUCCUUUCCCCGGACAUGAAACCACCUAUCUUUCCCACCUGAACUCCCUCCCUCCGCCAGAUCCAACCCCAGUAUCGACGACAUAUAUCUCCAAAAACUUCCCUACCCUUCAUUCCACAGAUCCCCAUCGUCCCACCCACAUUAUGGCCAUCCUCAACCUCACCCCGGACUCCUUCUCCGAUGGAGGCAAGCACUUCUCCAGUGACUUCUCAACUCUCACCAAUACCGUGCGCGAAUUCAUCGCCGCAGGCGCCACAAUCAUCGAUAUCGGCGGCGAAAGCACCCGCCCUGGCUCCGUCCCCGUAGGAGAGGCCGAAGAACUGGCCCGGGUCAUCCCAGCCAUCCGCCACAUCCGCACUUCGAUCCCCGAAGCCGCCAACAUCGCCAUCAGCAUCGAUACCUACCGAGCACGCGUCGCCGAAGAAGCGUGUGCCGCCGGCGCCGACAUCAUCAACGAUGUCUCCGCCGGUCUCCUCGACCCGGAAAUGCUACCCACGAUGGCGCGCACCGGCAAGACUGUCAUUCUCAUGCACAUGCGCGGCAACCCCUCCAACAUGACCAAGUUAACCGAGUACCCCAACGGCGUGGUCGCCGACACAACCACCGAGCUGCAGGAACGCAUCGCCGCCGCAGAAGAAGCCGGCAUCCGGCGCUGGAGAAUCAUCCUCGACCCGGGGCUAGGAUUCGCCAAGGGCCAGCCCCAGGAUCUCACCAUCCUGCGGGAUCUGCAGCAAUUCCGGACCCAGGAAAGCGGGCUCGAGGGACUGCCCUGGUUGAUGGGACCCAGCCGGAAAAGGUUCAUCGGGAGACUAACGGGCGUUGAAAAGGCAAGUGAGCGUGGCUGGGGCACUGCGGCCGCCGUGACGGCUAGUAUUGCCGGCGGCGCGGACAUUGUUCGUGUGCAUGAUGUUAAGGAGAUGUGGCAGGUCGCCAAGGUGGCAGAUGCCAUUUAUAGAGGCUGAUCGAUGCGAUGUGCCUUGCUGUUGGGUGUCUAGGAGUUCUUUGACGGGACAUGAUGAUUCAACGGGUCAAGAUUUUGUAUAUUUUCAACAAUAUCAAAUUAUAUAGAUAGAAUAGUCAGCAUUUUUUUAAAUAAAAACAUUAUACGAU